CAGCCACCCUAUUUGUAUUGGGAGUGAUAAUUGGAGCUGUUUAUUUGUUGAGCUGCUUUUUCUAUUGCGAAUUAUUAGUUAACAAACGUUGGCCAUGACACAGGUGUUUAUUAAUGGAGCAAGGGACGAGCCCAAUGUGCGGGAGUUCGAGAGCUUGGAUCCUUCGAUUCAAGAGCUCAUCCUGGCAGCCACGGAAGCCAGGAAGCAGGCUUAUUGUCCGUACAGCAACUUUGCCGUGGGAGCUGCCCUGAGAACCAGCGAUGGCACCAUAUAUUCCGGUUGCAACAUAGAAAACGGUGCAUAUGCGACUUGCAUUUGUGCGGAACGCACUGCCGCCGUCAAGGCCAUCAGCGAAGGCAAACGGGACUUUGUAGCCUGUGCGGUGGUAGCCCAGCAGGACAAUGGCUUCACCACGCCUUGCGGCGUCUGCCGGCAGUUCCUUUCGGAGUUCGUCAACGGCAAGGACAUCCCCCUGUACGCCGCCAAACCGACAAAUCUUCCAUUGAGGGUGCUCUGCACCAGCGUUCUGCAAUUGCUGCCCAACGGCUUCAGCUUUUUGAACGGAAAAUAGGAAAAUGAGAAACUGGCAAUGUGCCAGUCCGCUGCAAUCCAUGUGCAAUAUUUUAUAUGACUCCCAGUUUGCUGAAUUCUGUAAACCCACCCCUCGUUAUUUGUUAAUUGAAUAGCUUAUACAUGGCAGCUCGCA